CCGCCCCGGCAGAAACAAAAACUUUGGAAAGUCCACACAUUGUCACAUUGCUGAAUGCCGCCACAUUCCCGUCGGUGGAUUACAAAGCCCAACUAUUAUUCAAGACAGCCAAAUAUUUCAAAAAAAUCAUUGUUGUUCUACCACCGGACAAGGACAAUUGAGCCACUGACCAGACACCUUCACACCGCAGAUACUGAGAUCCUGCUUCUACAGAAAAACCUUAAGCGAUGGAGGGACAUUUGAUGAGGUUCACCAUACUUCUGUGCAUCGCCCUUGCAGCCUCAUCGUCAAGCCAGACAUGCCAACCGCAGAACCAAGAGCCGAUGUACGUGAGAGAGAUGUUGAUGGGCUGUUGGACCGAUUUUGUCAGAGAAGACAAAGCAGAAGUACACAUCCUUAACCUGAUAUGGACCAGGGUGGACAAUAAAGAAAAUAUCAGAAUGUUCCACCUUGAAAUGAACAUUUCAAAGCCAGCGAUCCUUAUCAUGACAUCUUCAGAAAAGGCAUAUGUUGCGCACGCACUCAGCAAAGAAGUGAAAGUUUAUGUGAAUAGUUCCACAGUUACAAUGGUAGGUAAGGCAGAUCACAACAAUAUCUACCCAGAAGAUCUUCCCCAUCAAAACGAGGAGCUGAUCAAUUGGGCAAAGCAGAAAUUUGGGGGUGUGACUUCAUUCUCUACUGUUCAAGAUCUCAGGAAAAUCACACUGACAGAAGCACAAGGAACCAACCCAGGAUCUUCGAAUUGUGUACUUGACAAUGAAGAUAUCUCACAGAAGACCUUUCUGAAGAUUGAAAUAGUUUCAAAUGUGAUCAAAUCCUGCACCCCAAACCCACAGAGCAAUGAUGAGAUUCAUGUCAUAAACAUCCCAGAACAUUCUGCUGUUCGCAAUGUGUCCCUGCUUGUUAAAACGCAGAACACUUCUCUGUUCAUGAGAGGCCCCCAGGGCACUGUAUGGACCUUCCUCAGGACAAGCACUUUGAGGUUUGGCUCUAACAACAUCAUCCAAUUAUCCGUGAACCAAACUAGGUUUGAAAUACCAUAUACUAGUACACUGAAAGGUGACAAGGCUGAGGAUGUGCAGAAAAUGGCUUUGGAAUACUUUAGAGUCAGUUACUUCACAAGCUACAAUGAAAUACAACACAAUGGACCAACCAUAUUCCUGGUGAUUGGAAAACAACACAGUUUAACAGAAACAUCUCCUACAGCCAUAGCAGGCGUGGAAAAAAACACGAUUCCUAUAACAACUGAUGCCCCGAAUCAGAUGCCUCUGAUGAUGGAGCUGUAUACCUCCCCAGACUAUCGCUUACCCUUAGACCCUCAAACCAGAGUGCAUACUAACAAGAGGAUAUAUGCAGAGAUAUCUGGAAACACUUUAGGGGGCAUGGUGUUGACCCUCAAGGUGAUUAGCUGCACGGUGUGCUCCAAGACCUCAUGUUCUGUGAAGAAAGAACUCCCAUUUAUUUCAGAGACUUGCUCUGUAGACUCCUGUCACAACAACGCUCGACUCAGCUUCUCCUUGGAUGAGCUGCAAGAGGCAACCUCCACCACGUGGGAACUAGAAUGCUCUGUUAACCUCUGCCACAUAGAGAGCUGCGUACAUGGUGGACAAGUGAGGAAGAAUCUGGAGGUUAUGCAGUCAUGCCAACCAGAGGACCAGCCAUGCUUUGAUUUUGGCCUGUCAGGUGUUCUUGGGAUUGCUUUUGGAGGGUUCCUGAUUGGCGUGUUACUUAUUGGAGCACUGUGGUUUAUCAAGAUUAAGACAGGGUACCCAGCUGGACUGGACAUGGGGUCAACUGCUGCCAGUUGUCCUGGAUGUGCCUGUUUAAGAGCAAAGCGACAGCUUGUUUCGUCCAACCCAUCACCGUCCGAGAAUAGCAGUGCAAACGCAAGCAUCGGAAGCACCCAAAGCACACCGACCAGCAGCAUGGUGUGAGAUCAUUGUGGGUUACACUAGCAAGGACACCAUCCCUUCUAUGUCAUCCUGAUGGGUUUUGAGCUUUUUGUUGCAUCAGUCCUUAAAAACAAAACAUUUCUCCAUACCCUGCUCUGUUUAACUUGUUGUUUAAGAACCACAGCUGAUAAUAUUUGACAUACUAUGUCUAAAAUGGAUCUGAGGGUUUGUAGUUAGAUGUGGAAAAGGAUGAAGGACGGGUAACCAUAGUUUUAAUAUUAGCUUUCCAUGCUUUCCUUUGCAGCCUCUCUGUAAAUUCAAAUUCCUCAGACAGGAUGCUACAGAGGCCAAGAAAAAAAGGAGAAUUGAACUCCCAGCAACAGGAAAAACAAACCAUAUCCCCCUGAGAGCUAACAGGAAAUUCAUCACAUUCUUUCCAAUGGAUUGUGCUUGCGUGAUGGGGGCACAAUAAUAGUUAUCCAGGAGACAAACUGGUCCAAAGACAUCUUUGAAAAACAGAUGAAAAGAUUUUUUUUUUUUUUUUUACAAUUAUUUAAGAAACAAAACAUGUUAGGUUUUGAACUAGGUCAGUCCAGAGAAAUUCUUCAACAACACCAUGGGGGCUGAAGUACUGUGUGUUGGCAUUUCCAAAUAAACAAUGGAAUACUUCCUUUUAUGAUGUUUGAUUAAUUUGGAGUUCAAGGAUCAUGGUUUCAUAUCUACCUCUUAUUGAGUAGAAGUCUGGAGCUAAGGUAAAACCUAAAACUAGAUUUCUCUAGUGAAGUUAUUGUUUUUUCAUCCUUUUUAAUAUACUGUAAUUUCUUUCUAUCUAACCUUUCACCCUGACGUGACCCUGUGGGUCACUUGUAGCUGCCAAAAUAAAAACUUAUGAUGCCA